AAAAAAUGGUUUUGUUGUUCUAUGCCUAACUUCAGUCCUUCGCGUAGUUUCUACUCUUGACAUAGAUUUUCUAUGUCGCUGUGAGGGGAAAUAAAUAGUUUCUUUUCCGGUAGGACGUUUUAGAUAUCAAAAUGGGGAAGAUUAUGAAAUCUGGUAAAGUGGUGCUCGUAUUGAGCGGGCGCUAUGCUGGUCGCAAAGCUAUCGUCAUCCAAAACUUUGAUGAUGGUACCUCAGAAAAACAAUACGGCCACGCUCUUGUAGCUGGUAUUGAUAGGUACCCAAGGAAAGUACACAAGAGAAUGGGCAAGGCUAAGCUCCACAAGCGAUCAAAGAUAAAGCCUUUCAUUAAGGUUUUGAACUACAACCACUUGAUGCCAACUAGGUACACUGUUGACCUAUCAUUAGAGCACAAACCAACCGUCAAGGAUUUGAAGGACCCCAUGAAGAGGAAGAAGGCUCGUUUCCAAACCCGUGUUAAAUUCGAGGAACGUUACAAGAGUGGAAAAAACAAAUGGUUUUUCCAAAAGUUGAGGUUCUAGAUUUAAUUUACAAAAGUUCAUAAUAAAAUAUU